AUGCUCUAUCGCAGCAACAAGGUGAUGUAUGACCGCCUGACGGAAACGCUAUGGAAUCAGCUCCGGGGCGAGCCUAUGGUCGGCGAACUUGUGGGCAGCGGCAUCAAGCUUGAGUAUUUCCCGGUCGCGCUCACCACAUGGGGCGAGUGGCUAGCCGAGUAUCCUGAUACCAAGGUGCAGUCGCGUGAGACGGGCUACUACUCGACACGGAGCUAUGAGAGCGAGCACGACCGCGUUGUGAACGACAACGUGGGCGGCGCUAACCUGGUAGUAGUGGCAUCUUCACUGUCGGCGGAUGCGCUUGCGUUCCGCAGCGAAGGCAAGCAAUUCUCGCUUCCGGAUGAUGCACCGGAGAGCCUGCCGGAUAUGCUGCUCGAUGAAGACGGCGAUGUGUGGCAUGUGGAGCGGGACAGGCUAUGGAAGGAUGAUGACCCGGCACAGACACUGUCUCUGCAUCCCGCAAAUGUGUCUUUCUGGUUCGGAUGGGAGAGCGUCAUGACGGUCAAUCCGAUAUUCAUGCCCAUUCGUGAGUUGGGCGAACUUGUGCGCCAGAGGCAGGCAUCCCCUGUGGAGAUAGCCGAGAUAUUCCUGCAGCGGUUGGACAGCAUCGGUCCCCGCUACAACGCAGUAGUGACGGUUACGCGGGAGCGCGCUAUGGAGCAGGCGCGCCGAGCCGAAAGCGAGAUUGCGGCUGGCGACUACAAGGGUCUGCUGCAUGGCAUCCCCUACGGGGCGAAGGACCUGCUGGCGACUUCCGGCGGUAUACCGACUACCUGGGGCGCUGCGCCCUUCAGGGAGCAGGUAUUCGACUAUGACGCGGCUGUGGUACGCAGGCUGGAGGAGGCGGGAGCGCCAUUGGCGGCGAAACUUGCUAUGGUGGAGAUUGCCGGCGGUAUGGGUUACCGGCAGCCGAACGCAUCGUUCACGGGUCCUGGGAUGACGCCGUGGGGCACCGAUGCGUGGUCGGGCGGGUCGUCGAGCGGGUCGGGAGCUUCGGUGGCGGCAGGGCUUGUGCCAUUCGCAAUAGGCUCGAGACCUGGGGAUCGAUACUCUCGCCUGCGAACAAUUGCGGGCUGUCGGGGCUGCGUCCCACUUAUGGGCGCGUGA